GAACAAAGUAGAGUCCACAGUGUCCACUGCAUUGGUAUGUGGGAUGAACUUGCUGUGCUUUGCAAGGUUUAGAAGAAUAUAUAAACCUACUCACCUGCGUACGUGUUGAUGGCAGAGGCAUAAAACAACCAUUUCUGUCUGGAAUAGUUGGCAAGGAUCAUUCCUGAGUCCAAACGCUCCAGCGUUGAGGUCUGACCAAGAUAAGAAGAUUAUUUAUUAUUCAGAUAACCUAUCAUAUUUCUCGAGGCUUGUUUCAGGCUAAACACAACGUCGUCAGUUGACAAGGUCUGAUUUCUAAACAGCAACUGAAGCUGCUUGCAGGACCAUCAUCUGCUUCAAUCCCACUCUUCCCUCAGUCCUCCACCACGCCUUCCCCUUGUUCAUCAUCUGCUUCCUCAUGCCUCUCCUUCAUCAUGUCCUCCUUGGCUUCCUCCUCAUCCUCCUCUACCUACGGACUCCGACGAGCUCUACCGCCACGGACACCGUGUCUCCCGGCCACGCACUCGUCGGCAGCGACAGGCUUGUCUCCAACAACGGGAAGUUCGCGCUCGGCUUCUUCAAGCCAGGCAAUGAGUCCUACACCAACCACAAUUCCUACCUUGGCAUAUGGUUCAACAAGGUCCCCAAGCUAACCCCACUGUGGACUGCCAACGGUAAUAACCCGGUGGUGGACCCCACUUCACCGGAGCUCGCAAUAUCCGGUGAUGGAAACUUGGCCAUCUUGGAUCAUGCCACCAAGUCGAUCAUAUGGUCCACCCAUGCCAACAUCACUGCCAAGGACACCAUUGCCAUACUGUUGAACAACGGGAAUCUUGUCCUACGAAGCUCCUCAAAUUCAUCCAUAAUCUUCUGGCAGAGCUUCGACUACCCAACAGAUACACUUUUCCCCAGUGCGAAGAUUGGCUGGGACAAGGUCACCGGCCUGAACCGUCGUCUUGUUUCUAGGAAGAACUCGAUUGAUCAAGCUCCUGGUAUAUACUCCUUGGAGUUAGGGCCCAAUGGGGAUGGUCAUCUGCUAUGGAACUCAACCAUAGCGUAUUGGUCCAGCGGACAGUGGAACGGCCGAUAUUUUGGCCUAACACCGGAGAUGACAGGCGCUCUCAUGCCGAAUUUCACAUUUUUCCACAAUGACCAAGAGGCUUACUUCAUAUACACCUGGGAUAAUGAGACGGCGAUCAUGCACGCCGGAAUAGAUGUCUUCGGCAGAGGUUUGGUGGCCACAUGGUUGGAGGAAUCGCAGGACUGGUUGAUCUAUUACAGGCAGCCUGAAGUUCAUUGUGAUGUGUAUGCAAUCUGUGGACCAUUCACAAUCUGCGACGACAAUAAGGAUCCGUUCUGCGACUGUAUGAAGGGCUUCUCUGUAAGAUCACCAAAGGACUGGGAGCUUGACAAUCGAACAGGAGGGUGCAUCAGGAAUACUCCGUUAAGUUGUGGCAGUAGAACGGACAGAACAGGCCUCACAGAUAAAUUCUACCCUGUGCAAAGUAUUAGGUUGCCUCACAGUGCCGAAAAUGUGAAGGUUGCUACCAGUGCAGAUGAAUGCUCACAGGCAUGCUUGAGCAACUGCUCCUGUACUGCUUAUUCCUAUGGGAAAAGUGGCUGCUCUGUUUGGCAUGAUGAGUUGUACAAUGUAAAGCAACUAUCUGAUUCUUCUUCUGAUGGAAACGGGGAAGUUCUUUACAUUCGCCUUGCUGCGAAAGAGUUGCAAAGUUUAGAAAGGAAGAAGAGUGGAAAAAUAACUGGCGUUACCAUUGGUGCAAGCACCGGUGGCGCUUUGCUUUUGAUUAUCCUUCUAUUGAUAGUUUGGAGAAGGAAAGGGAAAUGGUUUACUCUCACACUGGAAAAGCCUGAGGUUGGCGUUGGGAUCAUUGCAUUUAGAUAUAUUGAUUUGCAACGGGCAACUAAAAACUUUUCUAAGAAGUUGGGGGGAGGCAGUUUUGGUUCUGUAUUUAGAGGCUACCUAAGCAACUCUACCAUAGCAGUGAAAAGGCUUGAUGGUGCCCGUCAAGGAGAGAAGCAGUUCAGGGCUGAAGUGAAUUCAAUUGGAAUCAUCCAACGUAUUAACUUAGUUAAAUUGGUCGGGUUUUGUUGCGAAGGUGAUAAUAGGUUACUUGUGUAUGAAUACAUGCCAAACAGCUCCCUUGAUGUGUGUUUAUUCAAGGCUAAUGAUAUAGUUUUGGAUUGGACUACUAGAUAUCAAAUAGCUAUUGGAGUUGCCAGAGGCCUUGCCUACUUGCAUACUAGUUGUCGGGAUUGCAUCAUACAUUGUGACAUCAAGCCAGAGAAUAUACUUCUGGAUGCAUCUUAUGUGCCUAAAAUUGCAGAUUUUGGAAUGGCAAAGAUUUUGGGGAGAGAAUUUAGCCGUGCUAUGACUACAAUGAGAGGAACUUUUGGAUAUCUGGCUCCUGAAUGGAUUAGUGGAACAGUUGUUACAUCUAAAGUAGAUGUUUACAGCUACGGGAUGGUCUUUUUUGAGAUCAUAUCGGGAAGAAGGAACUCAAGUCAUGAAAAUUUCAGGGAUGGUGAUUAUUCAUUCUUUUUUCCCAUGCAAGCUGCACGCAAGCUUCUCAAUGGAGACGUUGGAAGUCUUGUGGAUGCUAGUUUGGAAGGCGGUGUGAACCUCGUUGAGGUUGAAAGAGCUUGCAAAAUUGCAUGCUGGUGUAUUCAAGAUAACAAAUUUGAUCGACCAACAAUGGGCGAGGUGGUACAGUCUCUUGAGGGUCUACUUGAACUCGACAUGCCUCCAUUACCAAGACUACUAAAUGCUAUCACAGGAGGCUCACAUCCAGUGACACCACAAUAUUUUGAUUCACUAUAAAUCUGUAUGUUGAUUUGCAAUUUCCAGUUGUCUGACAGAACAUUAUAAUUCAUCUUGCCUUUUAAGAAAACUAGGUAUAACAUGUAAGAUCUCUAGGAGAUCAUGUCUUAUACUCGUAUUAAAUAAACUCAGUACCGU